AGCAUGCGGCCCGGUGAGAGCUUAGAGGGCUCGCGCUCGGCUCGCGGAAGAUGCGUUGAUGCAAAUCACUUGGCUUGCAGCGGCACGGAACGCUGCCUCGCGCGCCUCUCGCCGCGGGGGAGGACGACGACGAAGAUGGGGGUGAUGAUGAUGAUGAUGAGGAGGAGGAUGAUGAUGGUGAUGAGGGGCACGGAGGACGGGAGGAUGACGGUGAUGCGCUGCUUUCUGUGGACCCUCGUCCUGGGCUCGCUGUCUUCGCGCGCGCAAGGUUUUAUCUACACUUGCGGGGGUACACUAAAAGGCCGUAAUGGCAGUAUAGAGUCACCCGGCUUUCCCUAUGGCUACCCCAACGGGGCAAACUGCACCUGGGUCAUUGUUGGAGAAGAAGGAAGUAGAAUUCAGCUCACCUUCUUGUCAUUUGCCAUAGAAGAAGAAUAUGACUUCCUGUCCUUGUAUGAUGGACACCCACACCCUGCUAACUUCAGGACCAGGUUAACAGGUUUCCAGGCCCCUCCACCUGUCACCAGUACAGGGAAUGUUUUCUCCCUGAGGUUAACCAGUGACUUUGCCGUUUCUGCUCACGGUUUCAAGCUCAACUAUGAAGAACUCCACAGUACGUCUUGUGGGAAUCCUGGUGUUCCACCUAAAGCAGUACUAAGCAGCAGUGGCCGUUUUGCAGUAGGAGAUCGUGUGCAGUACAGCUGUGUCCCCGGCUAUGUCUUAGAUGGUCAUGCCACGCUCACAUGCAUCACCAACGCUGCAAACACCGCAGUCUGGGACUUUCCUGCUCCAAUUUGUCGAGCUGAGGACACAUGUGGGGGCACUGUGAGGGGCGGCAGUGGGGUGGUGACCAGUCCCGGUUACCCCGGCAACUAUGGUAACCAAGCCGACUGUACUUGGAUCCUAUUGGCCGAACCUGGAGACACCAUCUCUGUCAUCUUUACAGACUUCCAGACCGAAGAAAAGUAUGACUACCUAGAAGUGGAGGGCUCCGAACCGCCAACCAUUUGGUUGUCAGGCAGUAACGUCCCCGCUCCGAUUGUUAGCAACAAGAACUGGCUUCGGCUGCAUUUUGUGUCUGAUAGCAACCACCGUUACCGAGGUUUCAGUGCACAUUAUCAAGUGAAGCGAUCAGUAGAUUUUAAAUCGCGAGGCGUUAAAUUAUUCCCUGGCAAAGACUCCAGCAACAAGUUUUCAAUAUUAAAUGAAGGGGGAGUGAGACAGGCGUCUAACUCUUGCCCUGACCCCGGAGAACCAGAGAAUGGAAAACGUCAUGGCAAUGACUUCAGCAUUGGCAGUGUGGUGCAGUUCAGUUGUGAAGAGGACUAUGUACUUCAGGGCAGUAAAACCAUCAGCUGUCAAAGAGUGGCCGAAGUUUUUGCAGCCUGGAGUGACCACCGACCAGUGUGUAAAGUGAAGACUUGUGGCAGUAAUCUUCAGGGGCCGUCUGGAACCUUUACGUCUCCUAACUUCCCGAUUCAGUAUGACAGCAAUGCACAGUGUGUGUGGAUAAUUACAGCAUCAAAUCCCAACAAGGUGAUCCAGAUCAACUUUGAGGAGUUUGACCUCGAAAUCGCCUAUGACACCCUAACGAUAGGUGACGGAGGAGAGGUGGGAGAUCCUACAACGAUUCUACAAGUCCUAUCAGGUAGCUUUGUGCCUGACCUGAUUGUCAGCAUGACCCACCAGAUGUGGCUGCACCUACAGUCGGACGAGAGCGUUGGAUCCAUAGGCUUUAAGAUCAACUAUAAAGAAAUAGAUAAAGAGAGUUGUGGUGACCCUGGAACUCCUCUCUAUGGAAUAAGAGAAGGUGACAACUUCUCCAAUGGGGGAAUCCUGAGGUUUGAGUGCCAGUUUGGCUUUGAGCUGAUUGGCGAAAAAACAAUCUCCUGCCAAGACAAUAACCAGUGGUCUGCAAACAUCCCGAUAUGUAUUUUCCCCUGCAUGUCCAACUUCACAGCUCCCUCAGGAACCGUUCUCUCUCCAGAUUACCCAGAAGGCUAUGGGAACAACAUGAAUUGUGUCUGGCUCAUCCAAUCAGAUCCAGGCUCCAGAAUACACUUGGCAUUUAAUGAUUUUGACCUUGAGGCACCUUACGAUUCUCUAACUGUGAAAGACGGCGAGACGAACGAUGCUUCUGUCAUUGGGAGAUUCUCUGGAGCUGAAAGUCCUUCCCAUCUGACAUCUAACACCAACACGCUGAGGUUGGAGUUUCAAGCUGAUCACUCCAUGUCUGGAAGAGGAUUUAACAUCACAUACAGCACAUUUGGCCAUAAUGAGUGCCCAGACCCUGGCAUCCCCAUCAAUGCUCGCCGCUUUGGGGACAGCUUUCAGCUUGGCAGCUCUAUUUCCGUGGUGUGUGAGGAUGGUUUUAUCAAAACCCAAGGAACUGAGACCAUCACCUGUCAGUUAGAAAGAGGAAAAGUCAUGUGGAGUGGGCCUAUUCCUAAAUGUGAAGCUCCAUGUGGAGGCCACUAUUCAGCUGCAAGUGGAGUCAUUUUGUCUCCCGGGUGGCCCGGUUACUACAAGGAUUCCCUCAGCUGUGAGUGGGUGAUUGAAUCGGAGCCAGGACGUUCUAUCAAAAUUGCAUUUGACAGGUUCCAGACAGAGUUGGGUUAUGACUUCCUUGAGAUCCACGAUGGACCGAACCUCCUCUCUCCUCUGAUUGGCUCCUUCAAUGGCACCCAGGUGCCCCAGUUUCUGUUCAGCAGCAGCAACUUCCUCUAUCUCCUGUUCACCACGGAUAACAGCCGCUCCAAUGUCGGCUUUAAAAUACUCUACGAAAGCGUUACGGUGGACAGCUACUCAUGCUUGGAUCCUGGCAUACCUGUUAACGGUAUUCGUUAUGGACAAGAUUUUUCCAUCGGCUCCACUGUGUCCUUUGGUUGUGAUUCGGGCUACAGACUCAGUCACGAGGAGCCGCUGGUCUGUGAAAAGAAUCACUGGUGGAGCCAUCCCUUACCUACUUGUGACGAAUAUACGCUGGAGCCAUGUGAGGACCCCGGGAUGCCUCACUUCGGCAGGAGAAACGGCUACAGUUUUGGAGUUGGGGACACGUUGUCCUUCUCCUGCAACAUGGGGUACCGCCUGGAGGGGGCACCAGAGUUGAUCUGCCUGGGAGGAGGGCGGAGAAUGUGGAGCGCUCCUUUACCUCGAUGUGUUGCUGAGUGCGGUUCUUCAGUCAUAAAUAAUGAAGGAAUACUACUCUCUCCAAACUACCCAAUGAACUAUGAUAACAACCAUGAGUGCAUCUACAGUAUCCAGGUGCAAGCAGGAAAAGGUAUCAACAUCUCUGCUAGAACCUUUCAUCUUGCCCAGGGCGAUAUUCUCAAGAUUCAUGAUGGCAAAGACAACACCGCCCAGGUUCUUGGGGCAUUUACUGGGUCCUCCAUGUUGGGCCUCACUCUGAUUUCCACAUCAAACCACCUCUGGCUGGAGUUUUACAGCGAUGCAGAAGAUACUGGAGAAGGAUUCAAAUUAGUAUACUCAAGUUUUGAGUUGUCUCACUGCGAGGACCCUGGUGUGCCUCAGUUUGGCUUCAAAGUCAACGACCAAGGCCACUUCUCCGGGAGCAGCAUCACAUACAGAUGUGAGCCUGGAUACACUCUGCAUGGGGCUUCAACACUGAAGUGCAUGACGGGGGAAAGGAGAGCCUGGGAUAACCCUCUGCCUUCUUGCAUAGCGGAGUGCGGUGGUCGAUUUAAGGGUGAGUCUUCAGGGAGGAUUCUGUCUCCUGGAUAUCCUUUUCCUUAUGACAACAACCUCCGCUGCACCUGGACCAUCGAGGUGGACUCAGGGAAUAUCGUAAGUCUGCAGUUCUUGGCCUUUGAUACUGAAGCCAGCCACGACAUGCUGAAGGUUUGGGACGGGCCACCUGAGAAUGAGAUGUCCCUGGCGGAGCUCAGUGGGUCUCUGAUCCCAGAGGGGAUCCACUCCACGCUGAACACGGUCACCGUUCAGUUCGAGACCGACUUUUACAUCAGCAAGUCAGGCUUUGCUAUUGAGUUCUCCAGCUCUGUAGCUACAGCCUGCAGGGACCCAGGUGUGCCAAUGAACGGUAGUCGUAGCGGAGAUGGCCGUGAGCCGGGGGAUUCGGUGUCCUUUCUGUGCGACCCUGGUUACGAGCUCCAGGGGGAUGACAAAAUAACCUGCAUACAAGUGGAUAACAGAUACUACUGGCAGCCCAGCCCGCCUGUCUGCAUAGCACCUUGUGGAGGAAACCUGACAGACUCCAAUGGAUUUAUACUCUCUCCUAACUACCCACAUCCCUACCCUCACUCGAAGGACUGUGACUGGCUCAUUGCUGUCAACUCCGACUAUGUCUUGUCACUGGCUUUUAUCAGAUGUGAGUGCUAUGGGCUGAAAGUCAUUAAGGCAGGAUGCUGCAGAGGUCUUUGGGAUGGGGACAACAGUGGAAGUCUUGAAGAUGGUGGGAACAAUACACUGGCUCAGAGACAGGUUAAAUAUAUUGGUAAACACCUUGUUCUCUUUGGUCAGUUUGUGUUGUUCCAGACGUCCCUGAAUGAUGUUGUAGAGAUUUAUGAUGGACCCACCCAACAGAACACUCUUCUGUCCUCUCUUUCUGGUUCUCACUCUGGUGAGUCUCUCCCUCUGAGUUCGGGAAAUCAGAUUACAGUCAAGUUUACUACAGUUGGACCAGAAACUGCUAAAGGAUUUCAUUUUGUCUACCAAGCCGUGCCUCGAACCAGCUCCACUCAGUGCAGUUCAGUCCCAGAGCCACGCUUUGGGAAACGUCUUGGUAACGACUUUGCUGUUGGCUCAUUGGUGCAAUUUGAGUGCAACCCUGGCUAUGUCCUACACGGCUCUUCUGCCAUUCGUUGUGAGAGUGUACCAGACAACCUGGCACAAUGGAAUGACACCCUGCCAACUUGCAUGGUCCCUUGUGGAGGUGUACUGACCUCCCGCCGUGGAACCAUCCUGUCACCGGGCUAUCCAGAGCCAUAUAACAACAACCAGAACUGUGUGUGGAAGGUCUCUGUUCCAGAAGGGGCUGGAAUACAGAUACAAGUGGUGAGUUUUGCUACUGAGCAUAACUGGGACUCAUUGGAUUUCUAUGACGGUGCUGACAACCACGCACCAAGACUGGGAAGCUACUCUGGCACCACCAUCCCCCCGCUCCUGAACAGCACAUCUAACAACCUAUAUCUCAGCUUUAGCUCCGAUAUCAGUGUCUCAGCUGCUGGAUUUCACCUGGAAUAUACAGCUAUCGGUCUGGAGUCGUGUCCAGAGCCUCAAAUCCCAAACUAUGGAAUCAGACAAGGAGACAGAUUCAUGGUGGGGGAUGUUGUACAGUUUUCAUGUGAACAAGGAUACUCUCUUCAGGGCAACGCCCACAUCACCUGUAUGCCUGGACCAGUCAGAAGAUGGAACUACCCUGUUCCACUGUGUCUUGCCCAGUGUGGUGGUACUAUGGCAGAUGUAAGUGGAGUUAUUCUAAGUCCAGGUUACCCCGGCAACUAUCCCAGUGGAUUAGACUGCACAUGGACGGUCAACUUACCUGUUGGCUUUGGUAUUCAUCUUCAGUUUUUAAACUUCUCCACUGAAGCGAUCCAUGAUUACUUAGAGAUCCGAAGUGGAACACUGGAAAUGGGCUCGGUGAUUGACCGGUUCAGCAGUCCGGUUAUCCCUAAACCUCUCUUCAGCACCACCCAUCAAACCACCUUCUUUUUCCACAGCGACUACUCACAAAACAAGCCGGGGUUCCACAUCACGUACCAAGCCUACCAGCUCCAGAGCUGUCCAGACCCUCGGCCUUAUCGAAACGGCAUCGUGAUCGGCACAGACUUCAGUGUUGGGAUGACGGUGUCGUUUGAAUGUUUGCCUGGCUAUUCUCUGAUUGGAGAAGCUUCACUGACGUGUUUACAUGGCAUCAGCAGGAACUGGAACCACCCACUUCCACGAUGUGAAGCCUUGUGUGGCGGCAACAUCACGUCACUCAAUGGAACCAUUUACUCUCCGGGACACCCCGAGGAAUAUCCAAACUUCCAGGACUGUGUGUGGAGUGUUAGAGUUCCACCGGGACAUGGGAUUUAUAUCAACUUUACCGUUCUGAGCACUGAGCCCAUAUAUGACUACAUUACUGUUUGGGACGGUCCAGAUCAGUCAUCCCCCCAGAUCGGUCAGUUUAGUGGGAACACGGCUUUGGAAUCUGUUUAUUCAACAUCCAACAUCAUCCUCAUUAAAUUCCACUCGGACUUCUCUGGAUCCGGCUUUUUUGUCCUGAGUUAUCACGCCUACCAAUUAAGGGUUUGCCAGCCUCCUCCAGAGGUGCCCAAUGCUGACAUACUGAUGGAGGACGGCGAGCUGGAGAUAGGUGACAUCAUCAGAUACAAAUGCCAUCCUGGAUUCUCAUUGGUUGGCAGUGAGAUUCUAACCUGUCGCUUAGGAGAGCGACUACAGAUGGAUUCUCCACCUCCAAUGUGCCAAGUUCAGUGUCCCGCCCACGACGUGCGAUACGACUCAUCGGGCGUCAUCCUGAGCCCAGGCUGGCCAGAAAGUUACCCGAACCUCCAAAUGUGCUCAUGGAGCGUUAACGUGGAGAAGGGCUACAAUGUCACCAUAACCUUUGAGAGCUUCCACACGGAGAGAGAAUUUGACGUGCUGGAGAUUUUCGAUGGCUCCACACCCAACAGCCCAACUCUGGCGACGCUGAGCGGUGACCUGCCAACACCGUUUAACAUCACAACCUCUGGACACCAGUUUCUAGUCCGCUGGUCCUCGGACCAUGGCACCAACAAGAAAGGCUUCAAAGUCCGCUAUGUUGCUCUGUACUGCUCCACCCCAGACUCCCCCCUCCACGGCUCCAUAUCUUCCCAGACUGGUGGUCAUGUCAACAGUGUGGUGCGGUGGGCUUGUGACCGUGGUUACCGCCUCAUAGGCAAUGUCACAGCAACCUGCCGUCGCACUCUUCUGGGAUACCAUGCCUGGGACUCGCCAGUGCCCGCCUGUCAAGCUGUCUCAUGCGGGCCACCGAAGGCUCCUAUAAACGGCGGGGUGCUAACGGCUGACUACUCUGUGGGAACGAGAGUUUCCUAUUUUUGUAACGAUGGGUACAGGCUCUCCAGUAAAGAACUGACAUCAGCCAUCUGUCAGCCUGACGGAACAUGGAGCAACCACAAUAAAAUCCCAAGAUGCUCUGUUGUUGUAUGCCCAAGCAUCGGGUCCUUUUCUCUGGAGCAUGGCCGAUGGAGGAUUGUCAAUGGCUCUCACUAUGAGUACAGAACUCGCAUUGUGUUCACCUGCGACCCCGGAUACUACAGAUUAGGCCCUGCCCACAUCCAGUGCUUAGCCAAUGGCGUGUGGAGCUGGAAAAACGAGAGGCCACACUGUCAGAUUAUCUCCUGCGGUGAGCUGCCUUCUCCUCCCAAUGGGAAGAAGAUUGGUACUCAGACAACAUUUGGGGCUACAGCCAUCUUUACCUGCGAUGCGGGCUUCAUGCUGGUGGGGUCAGCUGUCAGAGAGUGCCUGUCAUCUGGGCUUUGGAGUGGAACGGAAACACGAUGUUUAGCUGGUCAUUGUGGAAUCCCAGAAGGCAUUGUGAAUGGUCAAGUGAUUGGGGAGAACUUUGGGUAUCGAGACACAGUUGUGUAUCAGUGUCUGCCUGGCUAUCGCCUCAUAGGCUCAUCUGUUCGGAUCUGUCUUCAAGACAACCAGUGGUCCGGACAGCUGCCCGUCUGCAUACCGAUCAGCUGUGGUCAUCCAGGAAGUCCCAUUUAUGGCCGUACGGUGGGAAAUGGCUUCAACCUCAACGAUGUUGUCAGCUUUGUUUGCAAUCGAGGUUACGAAAUGGAGGGGCCCGCACGUGCUCAGUGCCAGGCCAACCGCCAGUGGAGCCAACCGCCCCCAACGUGUAAAGUUGUCAAUUGCUCCGAUCCUGGAAUCCCAGCCAACUCCAUUCGGCAGAGUAAAAUAGAGCAUGGCAACUUUACAUUUGGCACAGUGGUGUUCUACGACUGUAACCCAGGAUAUUACCUGUUUGGAUCACCUGUACUGUCCUGCCAACCUACAGGACAGUGGGACAAACCACUUCCUGAAUGUAUAGUUGUAGAUUGUGGCCAUCCAGGCACCCCCCCUAACGGUCUGCUGAGUGGAGAUAAGUUUACAUUUGGUUCGACAGUUCGAUACUCCUGUCUGGGUGGGAGACAGCUGAAAGGAGAAUCGUCCCGGACGUGUCAACUUAAUGGCAUGUGGAGCACCCCUAUGCCCUUCUGCUCUGGUGACAUUGCCGGUACUUGUGGUGAUCCCGGCAUCCCCUCCCACAGUUCCAGAGAACAAACAGACUUCAGGAUCCGUUCCAAGGUCUUCUUUGCCUGCACAGAAGGCUUUGAACUCAUUGGAUCUUCAGAAAGGAUGUGCUUUCCCAAUGGGACCUGGUCUGGCACGCAGCCCUUCUGCAAACCUGUCCAGUGUGGUAAUCCUGGGACUCCAAGUAAUGGCAGAGUGUUUCGUCUCGAUGGAACAACGUUCUUUCAUUCUGUCAUCUACUCCUGCAUGGACGGAUACCUGCUCACUGGUACCACCACCCGUCAGUGUCAGGCCAACGGGACGUGGUCAGGAGUUCAACCCAACUGUUCCAAACCAACCAAAACCAGCUGUGAUAACCCAGGAACGCCUCGCUACGGUGCCUUGAAUCGAACCUACGGUUUCAAGGUGGGAAGUGUGGUGUCAUUUCAGUGCCAUCCAGGUCAUUUGCUUCAGGGAUCUUCUUCUCGAACCUGCCAGCCUGAUCUGACUUGGAGUGGAACACAACCCGAGUGCAUACCUCACGCUUGUAAGCAGCCAGAGAGCCCUCUCCAUGUGGACGUGGUGGGAAUGGACCUGCCGGGGUUCGGCUACACGCUUGUGUACAGCUGUCAGCAUGGAUACUUCCUGGCAGGGGGCUCAGAACACAGAGUCUGCAAGAGUGAUGGCACUUGGACUGGAAAGAUGCCAAUAUGUCGAGCUGGAGAAAAGAAGAAACCUGUGAAGCCAGUAACAGGAACACCCAGUCCAAAACUCAACGUUCCAGAUGAUGUUUUCGCACCAAACUACAUAUGGAAGGGCUCCUACAAUUACCGCGGCAGGAAGCAGCCUAUGACACUGAGCAUCACCAGCUUCAACUCCACAACCGGGAGAGUCAAUGUUACCCUUAGCAACGGCAACCUAGAACUGCUCCUGUCAGGAGUCUAUAAAGCUUCUGAGGCCAGAUUGAUGCUUCUGAUGUAUCAGGUGAACUACGUUAACCAGGGAAGUCAACUAAAAGACGCAGCCAUCUCUCCAGCCAAGAUCAUGGACGACUCCUGGACCAUGGAUGGAUUUGUAUCGGCAGAACCUGAUGGUUCUAGUUACGUUUUCCAGGGUUUUAUUCAGGGUAAAGACUACGGACAGUUUGGACUGCAGAGACUGGGUCUGAACAUGUCAGAGAGUCAGAACUCGCCACCACCUCAGCUCGGUACCAACAGCAGCUCUGUGGCUAUUGCUAUUCUGGUGCCUUUCUUUGCUCUGAUCUUCACUGGCUUUGGCUUCUAUCUCUACAAGCAAAGAACCACACCAAAAACUCAGUACACAGGCUGUUCAGUCCAUGAAAACAACAACGGCCAGGCUGCCUUUGAGAAUCCCAUGUACAACACGAACGCCAAAGCUGUCGAGGGGAAGGCUGUGCGAUUCGAUCCAAAUCUAAACACUGUUUGCACCAUGGUCUAAGGAUUGAUCAUCUUGAACUUGACUCAGAUAUCUAAUGGGACCACAAUCAGUACAAGGCUGUGGAAAGUGGAGGAACUCCUUGAACUAAAAAACUUCAACAACACAAUCUAUAUGCCAAUAACAACCAACCUUCACUUUGAGUCCAGUAUCGCCUCGACUGAAAGCCAAAGCCAGCGUUGGUUCCCUCGACUAAAAGCAUCCUGUAUUCACUGACGGAAAUUAACAUCUACUGUCUUGAAGUGAGGCGUCAAUCGGAGUAAACUCGCAAUGAGAUCUGACAACGCGCUCUAGUCUCUAACUCCUAAUUCCAAGCAAAGUCACACAUACUUUUACUUUUCAGUACUAAUGAGUAAGCCAUCUGUGAGUUGAACAUCGUGACAUGUC